GCAGUGAGGAGCAUCAAAUAUUGUCCUAGUGUUCGUCAUACGUGAAAACAAAUUUUUGUUUUUUUUCACAUAACAUUUUUUUAAAGUCUCUUUUAUUUGAGACAAAAGAUGAGGGGAAAUCGUCUUGUGGAGUUUCCAGAUGACUUUUGGAUCCCCAUCCCUCUGGAUACCAAUAAUGUCACUGCCCUAAGCCCGUUUCUGGUCCCCCAGGAUCACUUGGGAAGCCCCACCAUCUUUUAUUCUAUGUCAGCAUUGAUGUUUGUCUUGUUUGUGGCUGGCACGGCCAUCAACCUCCUCACUAUUGCGUGCACACUUCAGUACAAGAAGCUCCGGUCUCAUCUAAACUACAUCCUGGUCAACAUGGCGGUGGCAAACCUCAUUGUUGCUUCUACGGGUUCCUCCACCUGUUUCGUCUGCUUUGCCUUCAAAUACAUGGUUCUGGGUCCACUGGGCUGCAAGAUUGAAGGCUUUACUGCAGCCCUUGGAGGCAUGGUGAGCCUCUGGUCUCUUGCUGUAAUUGCAUUUGAACGGUGGCUGGUUAUCUGCAAGCCGCUUGGAAACUUUGUCUUCAAGUCUGAGCAUGCUUUGCUGUGCUGUGCGUUGACUUGGGUUUGUGGAUUGUGUGCUUCAGUUCCACCUCUGGUGGGAUGGAGUAGGUACAUCCCAGAGGGCAUGCAGUGUUCGUGUGGACCAGACUGGUACACAACCGGCAACAAGUUUAACAACGAGUCUUUUGUGAUGUUCCUCUUUUGCUUCUGCUUUGCCGUCCCUUUCUCCAUCAUUGUCUUCUGUUAUUCUCAGCUGCUUUUCACUCUGAAAAUGGCAGCAAAGGCCCAGGCUGACUCCGCCUCCACUCAGAAGGCAGAGAAGGAGGUUACCAGGAUGGUGGUCGUCAUGGUUGUUGCUUUCCUGGUCUGCUAUGUGCCCUACGCUUCCUUUGCCCUCUGGGUUAUCAACAAUCGCGGGCAGACAUUUGACCUGAGACUUGCGACCAUACCCUCCUGUGUGUCGAAGGCCUCCACAGUCUACAACCCCGUCAUUUAUGUCCUUCUCAACAAGCAGUUCCGCUUGUGCAUGAAGAAGAUGCUGGGGAUGAGUGCAGACGAAGAUGAAGAGUCCUCAACCAGUCAAUCAACCACUGAAGUCUCAAAAGUCGGCCCUUCCUAAAUUCUUGUUUAUUUCUGACUCAUGCAAACAAAAAUGUAAAAACGAAACAUAGAAAAAUAAAUGUUUUUGUCAUUAUG